GAAGUCGUAACAUAAUUUUGAUGGAGGGAUGGGUGGUAGGCAGGUGGGACUCCUUCCCAGUUGCUCACUCCGAGGUUUAGUUGGUUCUUGGAGUGUGUCGAGGGCUUUCAUAUCUGCAUUCUAACGAGAUCGUUCAUGGUAAUCUUAAUCCGAGCAACGUCCACGUCGACUACAAUGUCGGUGACACCCUCCAGAAGUCCUGGCGCAGCCCGGAGUCCUUCCUUCGGGUGUACAUCGUCACAGAUGCUCCUUGGAAAACGCCCUUACGAGAGUAUCCGAAAUGAUUACCACAUUCCAUCGGUAGUCGCGAGAUAUAUGGACCCCUAUGCGUGGGAUUCUGUGGAUCCUUUCUAUGAGGUGCUUCGGAGCUGCCUCGUGCAUGACCCUUUUCGACCUGCCACUUCCAGUGACGUCAUCAAACGUUUAGAAGUGAAGCUGGGAUUCGGUAGAUCCGCCGUCGCUCCUCCAGAAAACAACCUCCAGCCUCUCGAAGGGAAUGAACGUAAUCUGACGAAUAAACUUCAAAUUGAAGAUAGAUUUGGAGAUGACUAUAUCAGUCAGCCGGUUCCAGUGCACCCAGAUAUACCAGAGCCCUCUAAUGGUAUCUGGCCGCUGCGCAAAUCGCGCAUUGGCUUGAUGAUGAUUGGCCGAGCUUGCGAGGCGUUGUUUCACUGAUUGCACCGGAGGCCAUUCUGGCAACUGCAUGCUACUGUCUUGGAGAAUAUCAAAAAAGUAUGAGAUGGUCGAAGGGUGGACCUUGGCCCAUUCAUACUUUGUCCCCAUGAAUGCAUGGUUUCUUCGACCCAUCAAAAGGAGGACAAGGAGAAGCGGUAGACCCAAACCACUUGCAGUAAUA